AUGAUCGCCCAGAAACACAACAACAAACAUAGCAAAACAACACUGGCGACUCUUCCAAAAGAGCUCAUAAUGAAGCUUGUCGACGAGUAUCGCUGCUUAGAGCUGGGACUAGUUAACAGGCGCCUGCGCAGCAUCGCCAUCGACUCUCUCCUGACACACAGACUAUACAGUCCUAAAGCUCCGCGCGAUAGGUCCAACACUCUGUCAGCUGUUCAGUCAUACCUCAGAUUUGUACAAGUGGUGCCAAAUACCAUCUUUGGCGACUCAAUCGAGUCGCUUUUCUUGAACCUCAAUCACUUCACGGGAAAUGUAAGAUUCGAGGAGUGCGGUGAAAUUUCCGAGCUCAUUAAAACGUUACCCGCGUUAAAGAGCGUCAAGAUAACGCUUGAGAAGGUGAACCAAGAGGAAAACUUGGCCAAGCUGGUCGGUUCAUCGAAAUGCGCGAAAGAGUUAACGAUUGAGAUAAACGAUAUCUUUGAUGACGUUGCCAACGUAUUUGCGCAGUGCAUUUUAAAACUAUACCCCUCCCUUGAAGUACUCACAAUCCACCGUCCUGCCGAUGCGCCUGGCUUGGCACAGGACAAUCUCAUAGAAAGUAUGAAUAGAGCCCUACCAGAUAUCCAAAAGACUUCACUGAAGAAAAUCGUCAUUCUGAAUGACUUUGGUACAUCAAACGAAAUGAAGAUAAAAGAGACUCAUCACUACUUGCACAUAUACAAGCUGUCAGAUGGUGCGUUUCAUAGAUAUCAACACUUCUGGAUGCACGGUCCAGGAUGA